UCAUCCCUACCUCGGUGUCUCUAAUACGCUGCGGGAUUUUUUUUUUUGCUCUAUUACUAUUUUUUGUCGUAAUUGUAAUUUGAUCGUCGAAUUGCAAAAUUUCUUUGAUUUGCUGUCGAGGGUUCUUCAGCGAGAGCCCCAUGAAUGGCACGGGUUCAACAACGAUCAAAUUGAAAGUAUCCGCCAAUUGCGUCAAAUAAGAAAAAAAAAAACUUUUUACUUUCUUGUGUAUGCGUGUGUGUGUGUGUGUGUGUCGCAGUGUGCUGCACAUAGCGCAGCAUUCGGUUGAACUUUAAAUACAAAUACAAUCGAAUAAAACAUAGAAUUGUCCAACACGCAAGUACAGUAAAAAAAAAAAAAAUUAAUUUUCAGAUGAAUUCGCAGUCCUUGGGCUCGUUCAUUUGACGAGCCGAGUUACCAAUUUGUGUUUGUGCCUCACAUUGCAAUUCUUAAUGCAGAACAAGUCGCGCGCUCGUUGAAAAAAAAAAAAUAAAACAAAAAAAGUACUUGCUACAUUUUUUUUCUCGUACGUCUUCGUAUAUGAAAUCGGUAAUAUCACACAUAUGUAUAUGUUGUUUGUUGUAUAUGUGUGUAUGCGUGUAAGUGUGCGCUCCGCGUUGCGUUUUUUUUUUGUUGAGAAUUCUAGCCGCUGAAGCGCUCCUGUGUGUUUGUGUGCGUCUGUGCGAGCGAGCGAGCGAGCAGAAAGGCAAUACCGACAUCAACCACAACAACAGCAACAGCAACAGCUACAACCAAACUCUACAUACACAGUCGCAGCUCACACACUCUUGUCAUGUUGACACUCUUGCGGAUUCGGCCUGCACUUGCAUAGCGCUGCCGAUGCCCGAUGUAACCACUGGACAAGUAUUAGACUAAGGACUAGGAGCAGACGACGCGGACAAAGCCACGACAAGGACUUGGAUUACGAGCUCUAAGCAGCAGCCGCAGCCGCAGCAGCAGCACUCCUGCUUUGCAGCAAGAUGCCACGCUUUCGGAACGAUGAGCUGGUAGAGACCCGGUACAAGGAUGGCGACAUUGUUUGGGUUAAGAUACACAAUUCGGAGAUUUGGUGGCCCGGCGAGGUAACCUCCUCGCAGGACUUUCGCUUCGUCAACAGCUCGCGACGUCCGUUCGCAGUCGUCGAGUUCUUCAAUGAGCGAACCUUCGAACAGGUGAACACGGCCAAGCUGAUUUAUCCAUUUCAAUGCGAACACAAAUCGGAAUUCAUCAAAAUGGGCACCAGAAAAUCCGUGGCCCCGGACAUGAGGGACAAGUUCAACGAGGAUGUCAAGUACGCCGAGAAUCGUUGGGCGGCCAACAACGAGGCAGCCGAAGCUGCAGCCCGGCCCGAAAGUCUCAUUAAGGCGCUGCUCUCGAGCAGCAGCAGCAGCAACAGCCUCUUCAAUAUCAACAACAACAACAGCAGCACCUGCAGCAGCAGCAACGGCAAGCAGGACUCGACGAUACGGAUCAUGGACAUUGGAGCGCCGGCUGCAGCCUAUGCGCGUCCGGAGGGACGCAACGAUCAGCGAUACGAGUGCAAUCUGUGCGACUUUCACACCAGCAGCAUGAAUGUGCUGCUCAUCCAUCGUCGCACCCAUGUGGAGCUUAGCCGAUAUGGAGGUGGCGGAUUAGUAGGCGGCGGAAUAGGAGGAGGAGGAGGAGGCGGAGGAGGCGGAGGCGGAUGCAGCACAAGCAGCUGCAGCAUCUACAGCAGCAGCAGCGGAGUCGGUAUCGGCGUCGGGAGCGCCAAUGUGCGUCAGCUGCUGCAACAGCGGGCGACAAGACGGGCCAAUACAUCGGCCAGCCGGGACACAUACUCCUCGUCGCUGUGGCGCUGCCAAUCCCGGCAUGUGUCCAUUGUGGUCGAUGCGCCGCUUACGGACGAGGAACAGCGCCAGGUGGCGAGCAUAGCGCAGCUAACCUUGGCCAGCAUUGAGCGUGUGGUCAAGUCGCCAACGCAGGAGCUGGAUAGAGAUCGGGAGCGAGAGCGGGCGCGUGCACGCGCACGCCUGCCCAGGGCGACAAGGGAGCGAGAGAGGACGCGAGAGCGAGAACGGGAAAGGGAGCGGGAGCGAGAGCGUCGACGUGAACUCGAACUUGACCUGCAGACACUUGGCAGCGAGUGCUCCGUUGCGCUGCAGCUGCAGCGUCGCAGCACCCAGUUGAUGAGCGCACGGGAUCCGCGACGCAGACGCUGUCAUCAGCUGCGCGCCACGAUGCCGGCGCCGCCGAUGCUGCCGCCGACGCCGCCAACGCCGCCGGCAAAGGUGCGUCGCCUGACGCGCUCCAUUAGCCGCCAGCAGGAGCGCAGUCCCAGCUUGUCCCAUUCGCAAGCAGGCGAAGCAGCUGGAAUAGGAGCGGUAGCAGCAGCAGCAGCAGCAGCAGCAGCAGUCGAAGGAGGAGGAGGAGCGGCAGCAGCAGCUCAACUGUUGCCACUUGCGCCGCCGGCCGCCAUGUCCGGCUUGGUGUCGCCGCAAACGCCACCGGCGCCGGGCAAGCGCAAGACUCUGACGCUGAUGACGCCCAGCCCGACGCCCGCGCCGGCCAAGGGCAACAAGUCAAAGCUCAAGGCCAAAUCCCAGCCCAAUUAUACAUCGACGCCCAUCGUUGUCAAGCGCGGACGCAAGCGUCUGCGCGCCGAGACGGAGCAGAUGCAGGAGACGCGCCAGACCGAGCAGCAGCCGAAGACAAAACAGGAAUCGGAACGGGAACUGGAACCGGCAAGAGAAAGAGAAGGGGAACUGGAACGUGAACCGGAACGGGAUACCGUCAAGGGCGUUGCGGCCGCGUCGCGUGAGCUGCACCGUCGACUGCUCGCCGAGUGGGGCGACUACGAGCAGGAGGAGCUGCCCGAGGUGCACAACAAACAGCAGACCAAUGGACAGCCCACGGAGACGCUGCACAAGAAGCAGCUGCAUCACAAGCUAAUGCUUCCACGCGCCCAGCCUCAGCCUCAGCCGCAGCCGCAGGCGCAGCCGCAACCUCAGCCGAAAUCAACAGCGGCGCCGGCGGAGGAUUACGGCGAGGAGGAGAGCUCAGAGCCCGGACCGUCCGGUAAGACGCAGCUGCCGUCGAAACGCAUACGCAACAUACCAAAGAAGGAUCGGCGCGAUGUGGUGCUGCAGGAGUUCGACAUGGGCGCGCCCGAGGAGCCCAUCAUAAUACAGGACAGCGACGCCAGCUCCAAUGAGAGCGUCGUCUUUGUCGACUCCGCGGAGCCGCAACAGCAUCAGCAGCGCCUGUCCAAGGCAAAUCUGCAGGCCGCCCAGGCGCACGCGCAGCAUGUCAAGGCUGGCUCCUCCUGCUUUGACUUUGCCGAGGAGGAUGACGAAGAGCAUGCUGCACUGCAGCCAACCGCUCUGCCGCCUGAUGGCCAAAAUGGCUUGAGCUACAGGCGACGCACCAAGCCCGCCCCGACGACGCUGAUCAAUGGCGAGGAGAAGCAGCGGGAACGGGAACGGGAACGGGAACGCGAACGAGAACGAGAACGGCAGCAGUCAAUUGGUGAGCCGGAGCUGCAGCUGGCUGAGCACUUCAAGGGCUUCAACGAGCCGGAGCAGCAGCUGGAGCCGGCAGCGUACGCGCCCGUUGCCGAAACCGCUGAGCUGGAUGCAGCUGAUGUGGAUCAGGAGCAGGAGCAGCUCAGUCUGCCCAUCAAGGAGCGACAGAAGCGCAUCUUCAAGUCGCGCAACAAAUCCCAGCAGGCGGCGGCACAGCGCGACGAGACGCUCGAUACGGAGGAGAUGCCAAUGCCAGCGCUUGAGGAGAAGCCCUCGACGACAACGUCGGCAGCGGCGGCGGCAGCGGCAGCGACGGCGGCAGCGACAGCAGCGGCAAUGGCGGCGUCUGUCUUCAUGGAGCACCUGCUGCCGCUGCACACGGAGCUAACGUUGCCGCCCCUCGAUCCCAGGCUGGCCAAUGGAGGCGCCGCCGGCAGCGUUGCCGAUCCGAGGACCGAGCAACGACGACGCAAGUCCAAGGCCAAGAAGAAGAAGAACAACAACAACAACGUCAACGUCAGUGGCGAGGGCGCAGCAGGGGGCACGGCUGGUGUACCCAAGAAAAAGAAGAAGAAGAAGAGCGACGUGCCAGGAGAGGAGAAGACCAAGUCGAAAACCAAAAAGAAAAACAAGUCGAGCAGCAAGAGAACGCAAACCUUUCCAAAGGCAAAGCCACCACAGCCAACGCUGGAGCCAAAACAGGAACCGGAACCGGAACCGGAGCCGGAGCCGGAACAGGAGCCCGAACCGGAGCCGGAACCGGAGCUAAGCACAACGCAAACCCUGUGCCAAUAUCCAGUUCAAUAUCCAGUCCAAGCACCGAUCCCAGCCCAUGCCCACAGCCACAGCCACGCCCAUUACUCCGGCGGCGGGCUGUUCUCGGGGGCUGCUGCGUCAGCAGCGGGCGGCAGCAGCGCAGCGCUGCUGCACCUGAGCACAAACACGAACAGCAACCACAGCAACACGAGCUCCUUCCAGCAGCAGGUGCACAGCAAUAGCAACAGCAACAGCAGCUCCAUCACGUCCAACAUGGCCGUCAUCUCGGCGGAGGAGGCGCGCGAGCUGCAGCGUUCGGCGCCAGCGCUGGCCGAGGAGUCCACAACGGCAACGGAAUCGAGCGCUGUGCUCAUACUGGAGGACAUACUGUUGCCCAAUCUCUACGAGCUGCCGGUGGGCGCCAGCUCCGACAAUAGCAACAGCAGCGCCAGCUUUGCCAGCAGUCGGAGUCAGCUGCGGCGGCAGCCGGCGAGGCACAGGCCAGACAAGCAGCAGCAAGAAGCCGAGGAGGAGGCGGAGGAGCAGCAGCAGCAGCAACAGGAGCAACAGGAGCAGGAACGACAACGGCAGCAAGAAGAGGAACUGGAACGUGAACGGCAACGAGAGCGUGAAGAGGAACUGGAGCUGGAACGAGAACGGGAAGAGUAUGAGCAUUUGCGCACAUUAGAGGAUUCGCCGCCAGCCACCUCCUCGUCCAGCUGGGCAAACAGCAAUCCAUCGACGCCACCGACAGGCCUGCGCUUCGAGGGCAAACUGAAGAAGCGCGAACGCGAAAUGUUACGCAAAUACGAGGCGGACAUGACCAGCGGACGCAGCGCCGAAAUCUGUCGCAUUGCCCGCCAGCGUUGGGCGCGCGCCCGCAGCCUGCACAAGCCCAACUCGGACGAGCGCCAGCUGCUGCUGCGAUUGGAGCAGCUGCCGCUGCGUGCCCUGCUGCGCUGGGGCAAGCGGGCCGUCAGCGAGCAGCCGACGGCAGAGACGCUGCCGGAGGCAGCAACUGUUGCAGUGCGCGCCAAAUCCUGCCUGGCGCUGGCCAUGCUGCAGGACGAGGCGAUGGUCGCCAGAGCCAGGCGCCAGCUGGAGCAGCUGCGCGAGCAGCAACAGCUCUUGAAGAGGCGAUGCACAAGUCCCAAUCCCGAGUUGCGACGGCGACGCAGCCGGCAAGAGUCGCAGCCCGAAUCAGAUCAGCAGCUGCAGCCUGACGAGGAACAGCCGGAGGCGGACACAUCGGGACCAUCAUCACCACCGGUCCAACCGGAGCUGGGUGGGGAGCACAAGGAGCCGGGCCAGCAACAGGAUUCCAAUACAGAUCCGCGCAUCUGCGCCGUGAUGACGCAUCCGAUACCCGGCUACAAUAACACCUUCAUGCUCUGCUCCUUGACGAACAACAACAAUUUUACGCCCUUGAACAACGAGGCGCUGUAUCUGGACAGCGAGAAUCAUUUGGUGCCCGUGCCGCUGGAGGCGUUGACCGAAUCGCCGCGUCUGCCCGACGGACAUCCCCUGUCGGCGGUCUUUCUGCUCGAGGGCGAGGCCAUGGCGCAGGUGGUCCAGCCGGAGCAACAGCAACAGGCGGCGGCGUCGGCAGCGUCACGACAAUUGGCGCUCAGCGCUGGCCAGGAGCAGGAGCAGGAGCAGGAGCAGGAGGUGCCCGCCGCCGCGGCCGCCAUGCUGGGCAUGAUGACGCCCCUUAGCCAGGUGGCCGAGACCAUGCCACGAGGCGAACGUGAAGCCGACGCAGAUCACCCGACCGAGGAGGGCGAGGACGAGGAGGAGGAGGAGGAGGAAGACGUAGAUGACAACGACGACGACGACGAUGAUGACGAUGAUGAGGAUGAGAAUGAGGAGGAUGAGAAUGUGGCUGCAGCUGAUGGCGCUGGGCAUGAUCAACCGGAGGCGACUGUGGCACCGCAAUCGGCGCACGAUGAGAUCUAUCAGCUGCAAUCGAAUGUGCUGCAGCUGAGCGUGAAUGGCCACCAGCUGGAGCUGACCACCGAGGUGCUAAUGAACAUAGCCGAACAGCAGGAUGACAUUGUCAUCGAGAUUGACGGCGGCGGCCAGGCCAUGCUCCAUGCCAGCGACAUUCUGCAGGCGGCCAAGAACUAUCUGCAGGAGCGCGAUUUGCAGCUGGUCAAUCUCGAGGAUAUGGCCCUGGAUGCGGAUGAGCAGCAUGUGACGCCGGCACAGGUGACGCCGGCGCAGCCAAAUGAUUUGCUGGCCGCGGCGCUUGCCGGCAGCGAUGUGGUCGACGCGGGCGUCGGACUACUGCACAUCGAUACGCGACAGCAGCCAACAGGAGUGGGCGUGGCAACUGGAGUGGCCAUGGCCACGGAUGAUGUGGUCGGUUUCAUGGCGCACGCACUGCCCCUGGCCGGGGCAACGACACACCUGACGCCGCCGAUAACGGCGCGAACGAACGAGACGAACGCGCUGCUGGAUCAGACGCCCAUCAUGUCGACGCUGGAGAAUCCGAGCGGCGGUCUGCAGCUGCAUCGGCGCGUCUCGCCGCUGCUGGAGGGCAAUCUCGAGGAUAGUCUGGCCGUGAUCGGUGUGACCAGCCAUGGCAAUGGCAGCGGUGUGCCCACAUCUCUUGAGCUGCCCAUCACGGUCACCAAUCCGGCAAUUGCGCCGCGCCCCGCCGUCUCCUCCAACGUUGCCGCCGCCAAUGCCGCCGCUGCCGCCGCCGAUCUGGCCAAGUUUGUGCCGUUCCAGUAGAAGAUCGGGGCGGCUGGGUUGCCCGGAGCAGCAGGAACUCCAACUGGAUGCUAGUUUCCGAAAUCUGCAACGGGAAUACAUUUUUUUUUUUUAUUUCUCUACAAAAUAAGCGCAAUUUUUUUUUUUUUUUUUUUUUUUGCUUAAUCUAAGAAAACGCUGACAACCCUGUUCGUGCUCUCUCCCUCUCGCUCUCUCUGCCUCCUGCUCUCUCCCACACUCUCCCUCUCGCUCAGCCCAAAAUGUUGCUUAGGAAAUUCAUGUGCAAAGUUUUUUUUUUUUAAUUGUUUUUUGUUUUUGUUUUCUACUUUCUUUUUUUUUUUUUAAUUUUCCUUUUACAUUGGAAAUGUAAGAGAAAAUAAGUUAGUUUAAGUUUAGGCUAAGAGAAAAGAGAAAAUAAGAGGAAGAGCAGGAGCGAAAGAAAGCAACAAAACAAAAGGAAACUAGAAAUUAAGAAUUGAGAGAAAAAACGGCAAAGACGAAAAAAAAA